AUGGCUCCAGAGAAGAAGGGUGGCGAGAAGAAGGGCGGUUUUGCCAUCAACGAGGUAGUGACCAGGGAAUACACCAUCAACAUUCCCAAGCCCAUCCAUGGAGCAGAUUUCAAGAAGCGUGCCCUUCGGGCACUCAAAGAGAUCCGGAAAUUUGCCAUGAAGGAGAUGGGAACUCCAGAUGUGCGCAUUGACACUAGGCUUGACAAAGUUGUCUGGGCCAAAGGAAUAAGGAACGUUCCAUACCGUAUCCCUGUGCGGUUGUACAGAAAACAUAAGGAGGAUGAAGAUUCACCAAACAAGCUCUACAUACUGGUUACUUAUGUACCUGUCACCACUUUCAAAAAUCUACAGAGCGUUAAUGUGGAUGAGAACUAA